AUGUCAUUGGCUUUCAAUCAUGUUCGCGGCCUCUCGGGGGUACCUCUAAGAACGGCACGGCUGGCCUGCUCAGCAUGUCGCAUCAUACGCCCUAGUGAUGUUGAGCAUGUUGCAGCAACCUGUGCUGGCCUGCCGCAAAGUGCCCCCAUAGGUCUUCGCCGCCUACUUUAUUCCCAAGCCAUCCUCCGAUCAUCCCAGGCGUUACCGAGUCGCAACAGAGACGAUAUUCACAAUUAUCUCCCGGCAGAAGUGUGGAAAGAAAUUAAUUCCGGCUCGUCGCAUCACAAUGAUAACCUUGAGCCAGACAUCGACCCUUCCAUGCCAGGGCAGCGUCAAACGAAGCCCGGCGACUCACAUUUUCCAACCCCGUCAGAACAUCUUGCAAGAGCCCUUCGCCAGGGCGGCCACUCGCUUGGCUAUUAUCUUAAUGCCUCGAGAGAUGUUGAAGCUCUGUCUCGUCCUGCUGCGCCUUCGCUUCAGACCAUGCUUGGGGAUUACAUCCGCCAUAUUGAUCCGCUAUUAUCCCCAGAUCGAGAGACUUCAACGACCAAUCUUGACUCGGCCCUUCGUGGUGUUUUCAGCAGUAGUUCCAUCCGCUAUUUGAAUCUUCGGGGAUACGACGUUGAUGAUGUGGUGGCAUGGGCAUGGAUCAUGAAAAGCAGGGACGCGGACCAGGCAAUCUCGCGGUUGUUCUUGCAUGCCACCCAGUAUUCGUCAUGCACAAAGUAUUCAGCUCCGCCAGCGCCACCCUUCAUUGUUCUGUAUUUGUUAAAACAGAAGCAUGUUGCGGCACGAUCUCUCCGAUUGCUCUUGAUAUAUGCUCUGCACUUGGUUAGUGGCCGGCCACUUCCUUCCAAACUCAAACACACGAACACCGCACAUGAUUGUGCAAUAUCGCCUUUGACAGAGUUUCGCCCUCAGGUGGACCUUUCCACUGGCAUGCUUCUCUUCAUUCGGCUUGUUCGCCAUGCUCGAAAAGUUUGGCCGCAAGCCAUGCCCACCAUAGCAACUGCCUUUUCACGAUUUAUGAUGGCUACAGACUUGGCCAAAGCGGAGAGUUCCAGUCUCGAUGACUCCAAUGUCAAUCGCCUUAAGACCAAGAAUUUUAAUAUUUUUCUCCAUCUUUUGUCUCUGCCGGCCAAAAUUCAACCUUUUCAAUCUGCGUCUUAUCAGCAACAAGCCCAAUUCGAGCUUCUUCGGGUGAUGGAAAGUCAUAAACCGGUACUCCCUCUUACGCGGAAAGGUUAUCGAGCCGUCGCGUCAAUUCAGUUGGCGCACAAAAAGACACUGGAUGAGCGACAGUCCGCCGUUCUUAAAGCGCCGUCAUGGCCCCCUUGGAAAGAAGAAAGGCUGGGCAUAGACCGACUUCGCGGGAAUGAGGGUAUGUACAGUCGUGCAAUGUACGUACUGGCUCAGAUGCGAGAAGCGGGCUAUUCUCGCAAGCUCUGGGAAGAUGUGUGCUCCAUCCUGGCAGGCUGGGAUACCGAUCGGAGUCCAACAAUUCAAACCAGAAGCUUUAUGCCCUGGUCCAAGUCCUUGUGGCGUGCGUCCCAUACGAAUCCUGAUCAUCCAGCUAUUUGGACUGCCCGGAUACGUGCCACAAGAACUGUUCGUGAAGCAUGGGCUUGUUUCCUGUCGUACCAAGAUCGCAGUCUACCUUUGAACGCGGGGGUGUACACUGCAAUGGCCGAGAAGCUCAUCCAUCGCCAGAUUGCCAUCAAGAAACGAUUUGAUGAAUCGGAUCACGUACUACCCGGCGAUGGGCGUGAAGUUUUUGCCGAGCCCGCCUCUGCGCGGGAUGUGAUUUACGUCCAUACAGAGCCCCCGGGACUCCAAGACUUUCUUGAGCAAAUGAGUAAUCAAGGGAUCCGAAUCCACAGCCACUUACUUACUUUGCUGCUUCAGACGACUUCGGACUUUCGCACUGGAUUGCGAUAUCUCAGUGUCAGCAAGCUUCCGGAAGAUCACGUCGAGGCUCUCACGACAGUGCUAGGUCGCUCAUCUGAUUAUGAAGCCAAGACAGUACUCCGGACAAUUCCCGACGAUGUCUUUGGCGCGUUUGUCGGGUUCCUCUGCCGGGCCUCCAGCUCUACCAUGAGCAUCGGGCCCAAACAUGUCGACCCCGCGAGUCUACCCAUGCUGGCUGUAGAAAGCCAUUGGCAAUGUUCGACGACUGCUCUGUCCGACUUUGAUAGCCUUCCACGUCAGAAUUGCCACCCAAGGGCUUUUUGGCAUGCCAUCCAAAUGACCAAAGCACGACUUGAGCCGUGCACCGUGGCCUGGACUCACAUACUGAGUGCCCUAGAUACGAUCGGUGAUAAAUAUGUUAGAGAGCAUCGAGCAUGGAGGCGCAUUCUGGCCUGGAACGAGGCUCUCAUAGCCUUGAAGUGGAUGAAACACCGUGACAUUGACCUCAGUCUCGACGGGUUUUACUCUUUGUGUAAAAUCUUCAACGGGGCUGUCCACGCGGGGUUGAAGCAUCCAGACGAGGCCCAAGAGGCGUUCAACUUGAUUCAGAAAAUCCUACAUGACGAUCAACAUCGUGAGGCUGUUGGACAUGAGCAUUUCGAGGCCAUGGUCGAAAACGGACUGCUUGUUUUGAAGUCACAAUUUGAUUCCCUUGUGCUUCCAUUUUCCUCGUUGUCGAAAGUCGCGGAGCACAGCAUCUUCACGGAAAUGGGCGCGGCAGACUCUCAUCUUCAAGUGCCAACGAUCCUGCACAUCCCGUCCUUCGCUAUCAUGCACCGGUUUGUCCGUGUUUUGGGAGCGGUAGGCGAUGAGGACGGCGUGUUGCAUUUGUUGCAGUGGAUGAGUCGGUCCGCAUCAGCCCUGAAUGCAGCCGCCGAUGAGCGGCUGAACGGUGAUCGAAUGCGACGAUUGACUUUGACUGCAAUCCGGCUCAUUCUGCAGGGGCUGCAGACUGAGUUUUCUGAAUCUGGCCUGACAGUUUCAAACCCCAUCAAUUUGCAGAAAGCACACGAGAUCGUCAGCCGAACCCCUGGGUGGGAAUGGCCCAGUGAUGAAGAGGUUGAGGAUUACUAUCAACGAUACAAAUCUGAGAAUCGGAUGUGA